UUGCAGCCUCUAAUUUCCACUUCUUUUAUGACUUUUUAUCUUCCUACCAUUUUCUUCUUUUACAACCCUAAAAAUGGCAUUUUCCCAUUUUCUUUCUCCUCUUUGUCAAACCAAUAUUUCCACCAUUUUACAACUACCCUCCAACUAACAUGCCACAACCGCCACAACCGCCACAUCGUCCACCGUUAAAUCACUUCCAUCUGAAAUAUCCUACGGUCACAAACCCAUCACCUUUUCACUGCCUUACAAAAUCUGCUAAUCUCCCUGACUUUCUCCUCACAGCACUUUCUGUCUUCUUUUUCAUCACCACCCCAAAACAUCACAACCCACCUCGUGCACUUUCUCUCUCUUCUUCUUCUUCUUUUCCCUCUAAUCGCAGAUUUAAUCGUUUAUCUUCGACCAUGCUGCAAAACCCUAAUUCUAAUCCUAAUUUCCGCAAUUUCCCAACUCCUCAAUCUCUUUCUGAUUGGCUUAAGCCUCGAUUACCCUCUGAUUCUUUUGCUUCUUGGGGAACGAAACCGGGUACGAAAAAUGUUCAUAAUUUAUGGCUUGAGAUUGCCGAUGGUGAAACUUCACUUGUUGACGAAGUCCCCCCAAUCAGGAAUUUAGAAGUAGUUUGUGUUAGAGUUUUGGGGAAAAAUAAUCGGGUUUUGAUUGAAUCUCAUCAGGAAUUGUCUGACGGAACAAUUAGAGAAAGAAACCGUCCAUUAUCGGAGAAAUUGAAAUCUGGGGAGGAUUUAGAUUGUGCUGUUAAAAGGGCUAUUAAAGAAGAAUUAGGAUCUGUUUUUAAUGAUGAUAAAGAUGUGAAUGUUGAUGAGAUUGUUACGAUUGCGAUGGAUUCUUAUAGGAAGAAAGUGGAGGAGAGGGUUUCGGUUUCGUACCCGGGUUUGCCCGCUUGUUAUGUGUUGCAUAAUGUGGAUGCAUUUGUGGAGGGAUUGCCUGAUGAUGAUUUUGUUACCGAGGAGGUGACUGAGUAUGAAGGUUGUGAUGAUGGAGUAGCUGAUAAGGCAGUUGCUGUGAAGAAGCAUUUUUGGAAAUGGGUUGAUGCUGAUUCAGUGUAAAUGGAUGCAAAAUGUUUGUUAUUGUUAGGUUUGACUUGAUUGAAGUUCAGGGUGUUAGGAUAGCAAGCUUGGGAAAUUCCAAGUUAAUUCUAAUCAAUCUCCGUUGACGAACUAGAGUUCUUGGAAUGGUUUAUUUGGCGGAACCUUGGAGAAGACUUAUGGCAAUUGCUUAUGGUUGCUGCUAGAGGAAUGAACAAAAAAUUGGUAUCUUUUAAAGAUAAACUUAUUUUUAGCUCUUGAUGGGUUGUUUGGUGAGUUUUGAAGAACCUAAUCAAUUUGUUUAAUUUUGUUAUUCUAUUUCUGGUAUAGGAUGUGUGACAUUUACAGUUUUGAUCCCAGUUGAUGUGUAAAUAACAGUUGUCUAUACUUUGAGCUACUUAUACACAAUGAAAUAAAAGGAAGCAAUUUUGUUUA